AGAAAAAAUAAAUAAAGUUUUUAUGGUACAUGUCUCCACGCUUGUCUCCGGACUCCGGACUCUGGACCGUCUCUCACUCUAAUCUGCGCUAGACCGAAGAAAUAAGAUCUUUCUAUUUGGUGGUAUCCAUGACUGGAAAUCCCCUAUCAUCCGAGAUGGAGAUGGAAUCGCCGGAAUCUGGAAAUUCGACGAUCAAGCAGGUGGCUCUGACGGUACCGACUACCGAUGAUUCAAGCAUCCCCGUUCUGACGUUUAGAAUGUGGGUGCUGGGAUUAGUGUCUUGCGUCCUGCUGUCCUUCCUGAACCAGUUCUUCUGGUACCGAACAGAACCCAUUUCAAUCACAGCGCUAUCUGCUCAGAUAGCUGUGGUUCCUCUGGGACAUUUAAUGGCGUCGACGAUCACGAAACGUGUGUUCUUCAAGGGUAGCCGAUGGGAGUUUACUAUGAAUCCUGGUCCCUUUAAUGUCAAAGAACACGUUCUGAUCACCAUUUUUGCCAACGCGGGAGCAGGGACUGUUUACGCCACCCACAUCCUCAGUGCCAUUAAACUCUAUUACAAGAGGAAACUCACCUUCUUUCCUGCGCUUCUUAUUAUUUUAACAACCCAGAUUUUAGGUUUUGGAUGGGCUGGGAUGUUCCGGAGAUAUCUAGUGGAACCGGCGGAGAUGUGGUGGCCCAGCAAUCUUGUUCAGGUCUCGUUAUUCAGGGCUUUACACGAGAAGGAGAAAAGGCCACGUGGUGGGGUUACGCGUACCCAAUUCUUCCUGAUAGCCUUGACAUGCAGCUUCGCCUACUACCUCCUUCCCGGCUACAUUUUCCCCAUGUUAACAAGCUUGUCAUGGGUCUGUUGGAUAUUUCCCAAAUCCAUUCUGGCCCAACAAAUUGGGUCGGGCCUGGAGGGACUUGGGAUUGGGGCCAUCGGUCUCGACUGGUCCACCGUGUCCUCUUACCUUGGCAGCCCACUUGCUAGUCCUUGGUUCGCCACUGCCAACGUAGCCGUGGGCUUUUUCAUCAUCAUGUAUAUCAUAGUCCCUAUCAGCUACUGGUUGGACGUGUACAAGGCCAAGACCUUCCCCUUAUUCUCAUCCGGACUCUUCACAUCAAAGGGUCAGAAAUACAACAUCUCAAGCAUCGUCAACUCCAAGUUCCACAUCGACCUCGACAGCUAUGAGCGUAACGGUCCUCUCCACCUCAGCACCUUCUUUGCCUUCACCUACGGUGUGGGCUUUGCUGCACUUACUGCUACCAUCGUUCAUGUCCUCCUCUUUCAUGGAAGUGAAAUAUUGGAGCUAAGCAGAUCAGCGUUGAAGGAUAAGAAAAGGAUGGACGUGCAUACCAGGCUUAUGAAGAAAUACAAGCAAGUUCCACAGUGGUGGUUCAUGUUCAUCCUGGUGGUGGUCAUGGCAGCCACCAUCUUCGCUUGCGAGUAUUACAACGACCAACUUCAGUUGAGGUGGUGGGGUGUCUUGCUAGCGUGCCUCGUUGCCUAUGUCUUCACUCUCCCCAUCGGCGUCAUAGCUGCUACCACCAACCAGGCGCCAGGUUUGAACAUCAUCACAGAGUAUAUAUUGGGUUACCUGUACCCUGGCCGUCCAGUUGCUAACAUAUGUUUCAAGGUGUAUGGCUACAUAAGUAUGACUCAGGCCCUCACCUUUAUACAGGAUUUCAAGCUUGGCCACUACAUGAAGAUUCCUCCUAGAGCAAUGUUCAUGGUCCAGAUGAUAGGUACCGUUAUAGCUGGAUUGGUAUACUUGGGAACUGGAUGGUGGCUUAUGAUGACCAUUCCCAACCUCUGCGACACGGCCGUGCUGCCUGAUAACAGCCCAUGGACUUGUCCGAUGGACCGUGUAUUCUACGAUGCUUCCGUCAUCUGGGGGCUGAUUGGCCCUCGUAGAAUAUUUGGAGAUCUGGGUUCCUAUGCUGCGGUCAAUUGGUUCUUCCUAGGAGGCGCCAUUGCUCCUCUCCUUGUUUGGGUUGCUCAUAAGGCCUUCCCUAACCAGAAAUGGAUUCGCCUGAUCAACAUGCCUGUGUUGAUAAGCGCAACAGGAAUGAUGCCUCCAGCCACCGCUGUCAACUUCACCACUUGGAUCAUCAUCGGCUUUCUCUCUGGUUUCGUUGUUUACAGAUAUCGACAAGAUUUGUGGCAGCGCCACAACUAUGUCCUCUCUGGAGCUCUUGAUGCCGGGCUUGCCUUCAUGGGGGUGCUCUUGUUUGCAUGCUUGGGCUCAAAAGAAAUAAGCAUUGAUUGGUGGGGAGCCAACCCGGACGGCUGCCCCUUGGCUUCUUGUCCAACAGCCAAAGGGGUGGUUGUUGAUCACUGCCCAGUUUUCUAGUUCAACAGUUAGAUUUCUGAAUAUAGAUUUUGGAUUUCUAGUUUAUCAGUUUGGAACAACUCUCUUAUUACUGUAAAUAGGUAAUGAUUUCUUUUGGAAAUUUAGGUGUUGGAUUAUCUCUUAUAACAUUUUAAGUUAUAGAAAUCCUUUCUUGAUGCUAUGCCAUC